GUGUAAUCUAGAAGAAGACAAAUCUUAUAGAACCAUCUGUUCGUUCACCUUUCUGUGAUCUCUUCUGUUGGGCAAAAAUAGUCAAAAUGUUACAACUAGUUUUAUCUUUGAUAUUUAUAUCUUCUGCAGUAUAUGGUCAGUCUUGUCCGAAUGGGUAUAUACGUCAUGAUAAGUCAUGUUACGCCGUAGUGACUAAUCCUACGGCAACUUGGCCUCACGCACAGGCAUAUUGUGAUGGUGCUAAUGGGCAUCUUGUUACUUUUGAAACAGAGGCAGAAAGGUCGUACGUUCACAAUUAUAUUCAGAACAGAUUCGGGCCAACAAAUAAAUAUUACUGGAUCGGUGGAGUCAAUUACAUUGAUGGUUCCUGGGUUUGGAUGAAUAACCUUACAGCUGUUAACUUGAACUGGGCUACCGGUGAACCAACUAGAAAUUCAAAUGAACAUUGUCUGUUAAUGGUAGCUACCGAAUUUGGAAAAUAUGCUGAUAAUACUUGUGAAGAUGUCAGUUCUCAGGACACAAACCAUCAUCCAUACGUAUGUGAAAAAGAAGUUUCCUAAUCUUCAUUCUAAUUUACGUAUAAAUAAAGAUAUUUUGCUU